AUGGCCGACUGGAACAAUGUUACUGCUACUAAUCUGAUCUCAGUAGAGGGUGGUCUUUCCUCGACAGUAACAGAAAUCACAUUAAGCCCCCCAGUUGCCUCGAAUAUUCCGGCCACAACGUGGACGAUCUGGCCAAAUGGAGAAACAGUCCUUGCGUACACAACCUAUCUUCCAGGUGGGGUGCCGCAGGCGAUAACCUCAACCUUUGAUAGGGAGGAAACGAUCACCGCCGGGCUUGCCUCGAACGACGUAACAACCACCUUACUAUCCGAGCAAACAUCGACGGCAACCAGACAGACCACAGGCUCUGGAUCGGGAUCUACCUCGUCGCCCAGCGCAUCGAGCACACAGACACCCGGCAUUGAUCCGGUCAAUUCUUCCAGCGAUGGCUUUAGCACGGGCACACUGGCUGGGGCGGUCGUGGGCAGCAUUGUCGGGAGCGCCCUUCUGACCCUGCUUCUUGCCUUGCUAUUCUUUCGACGACGUCCGAAGGAGCUGGCCAGAAACGCCGAUGACGAUGUAACCUAUGCCGGAAUCGUCACAGAUAAGUCGAUCACGGGCUUUUCUCUCGCAGCAAUCGUUCCUCAGCCAGCUGAUGAUGAGACAGUCCGACGGCGCGUUCUCACCUUGAUCGACCACGCAGGUCUGCACGUCGACAACUACUAUACCACCGCCUCUCCCGCCUUGUCCCAGGACGCGAUAGCGAAAUUGAAUCAAUUCGAUUCGGGAUUCCUACCGACGGCUGCUGGGACGGUGCUGGGAGAACGCAAAAGCCAGCGUCAGGUCAUAACACACCUCCUGGUCUACAAGCUCCUACAGGCAAUCCGACCCGGGGGCGAACUCCUUCCGCCGCUCUUAGCUAGUCAGCCGCAGAUUGAAAAUUCGAGUGUUUCAACCGACAAUGCCCUCUUUACCUGGCGUAUGCUUAGCGCCCACCUGUACCGCGAAGCGAAAUACAGCAGAGACCCAACGCAGAUGGCGGCACUCACGAAAGCCGCACGGGAUCUCGCGCUCGGUUUUACCAAGGCGUUUACACCGUAUGCGUUGCCCAACUUUUCGGAGGCGGAUCGCGUUACACACUUUAAGGAUCUGGCCGCUGCGACUACGGAACUGGGCAUCUGGCUCUUCGCUCAGCCGUGCACAUUUGACUUUGUUUGGAAUAAGAGUCAGACUGAGAUAACUGUUAUUCCUCGCGUGCUCAAGACGUAUGAUGAGCAGGGUAAUCGCCUCUCGACACCGCAGGUUUUGGUUGAAGGCGAUCGCGCGCCGAUCUUGAUGACGGCAUUCAGGCACGAGAUGUCAUAA